GCGUAGAAGAAGAAGACGCGAAAGAAGCAUGGCUGCUGACAUGAGAUUACCAACUAUUCGAAAACAAGUAUCUCUAUCAGAUUCUGCUUUUGAUAGAAAAGAUCUUGUCGUACCUGGAGAUGUCAUCACCACAGAUACUGGUUUCAUGAGAGGUCAUGGCACCUAUGUUGAAGAUGACAAGCUGACAGCAUCAGUUGCCGGAGAGGUACAGAGGGUAGACAAAUUGAUCUGUGUACGACCACUGAAGACAAGGUUUAAUGGGGAGGUUGGAGAUGUGGUUGUAGGGAGAAUCACAGAGGUACAACAAAAACGAUGGAAGGUUGAGACCAACUCCCGACUGGACUCUGUCCUCUUGUUGUCUUCUGUUAAUCUUCCUGGAGGAGAGCUGAGGAGACGAUCAGCAGAAGAUGAGCUUACCAUGAGGGAAUACCUUCAAGAGGGCGAUCUUAUUAGUGCUGAGGUGCAGUCUGUAUUCUCUGAUGGAGCCCUAUCACUUCACACCCGCAGUUUAAAGUAUGGAAAGUUGGGUCAAGGAGUGCUGGUACAAAUUUCUCCUUCACUGAUCAAGAGACAGAAGACACAUUUUCACAACCUGCCAUGUGGUGCAUCUAUCAUCCUGGGGAAUAAUGGUUUUGUGUGGUUGUAUCCAACUCCAGAGCACCAGGAGGAAGAGGCUGGGGGCUUCUACACCAGCCUUGAGCCUGUUAGCCUAUCAGACAGAGAAGUGAUUUCUCGUUUGAGGAACUGUUUACUGGCUCUGGCUGCACACAAGUUCCUUUUGUAUGACACCAGUGUUCUCUAUUGCUAUGAAUCUUCAAUUCAACACCAGGUCAAAGACAUCCUGAAGCCAGAGGUGAUGGAGGAGAUUGUGAUGUUGACUCAACAGAAGCUGCUGGAACAGGAAGGUUAAAGAGCACAGCUCACAACUGUGGCCUUGUUAAAACACCAAGAUUACAUCAAACAGCUUCAAAAGGGACCACGUUUGCAAGGAGGGAACUGGUCUUUAUUCAGGGCCCCUUCAGUAUUGUGACAGUCUGUUGUAUGAUUAAAUUUGAUCUGUUUGACAUAUUUUGGAAAGGACUUUUAAAGUCCUGCCACAUUUAAAAUCACUAGAGCAGCUGGACCGAAGUAUUACAAAGGUAUAGUGGAACAUUUUUAAUAAUAUGUGGUGUUGUCGGAAAAAGAAUGUUGUAUGCAAUAAAUUUUCUAUAAAAUUCA